UAGUGUGUACUAUGACGUAGAACGUUGUUUUAAAACUUUCGUGGAAGUGGGAGAGGAACGUAUAGCGCAGGACCCUUGUAAAUAUAAAACUGAAAGCACGCUUCUAAUUUGUUAAUAAAGUUAAUAAACUAUAUUUAAUAAAUUACAAAUAUAUUUUAUCUGAAAUGCAAGAAGAAGGAAAACCUUGUGGAUAUGACCACAAUAAUGAGGAAGAUGACUUGGCUUGUGAAUUGGAAACAGUGGCGAUUAGUAAAAGAAAAGGUAGGGGUCGAGUAACUUCAGGUUUAACUCACGAAUGUGGAGUUUUCGGAGCAAUAGGAUGCGGAGAAUGGCCGACUAACCUUGAAAUAUCACAAAUUAUUUGCUGGGGAUUGGUAGCCCUACAACACAGAGGCCAAGAAUCUGCCGGUAUAGUAACCAGCGAAGGUCGAUGUUCCAAAUAUUUCAAUGUGGUUAAAGGUAUGGGUAUGAUUAGUAGUAUUUUCAAUGAUGAAGCCAUCAGAAAACUGAAAGGUAGUAUAGGAAUCGGUCAUACGAGAUACUCUACUUCGGCAGCGUCAGAAGAAGUUAAUUGCCAACCUUUCGUGGUACAUACCGCCCACGGAGCACUUGCGGUUGCGCACAACGGGGAAUUAGUUAACUGCGAUAGUCUGAGAAGACAGGUAUUAGAACACGGCGUAGGUUUAUCGACGCACUCUGACAGUGAACUCAUAACGCAAGCUUUGUGUUUGAAUCCGCCAGAGGGAGAACCAAACGGUGAACCCGAUUGGCCUGCUAGGAUUAAACAUUUCAUGGCGUUGGCGCCGCUCAGUUACUCUCUGGUUAUUAUGUUGAAGAAUAAGAUUUUCGCUAUUAGAGAUCCGUACGGUAACAGGCCGUUAUGUUUGGGAAAAAUUCUACCUUCUAACGAACCUCUUGACGGUGAAUGCGACGAAAGUCGCGAAGCUGAAGGUUGGGUGGUUUCGUCGGAGUCUUGCGGAUUCUUAUCUAUAGGCGCUCAAUAUGUCCGCGAAGUUUUCCCGGGGGAAAUUAUAGAGAUGACCCGUCACGGUAUCCGUACCAUUGAUAUAAUAACGAGACCGGAGGAUAAACUACAACAAGCUUUCUGCAUUUUCGAAUACGUAUAUUUCGCCAGAGCCGACAGUAUAUUUGAAGGACAAAUGGUUUACGCAGUGAGGAUGCAGUGCGGUAGGCAAUUGGCUAUAGAACAUCCUGUAGAAGCCGAUAUUGUUAGUGCUGUUCCGGAAUCCGGUAACGCAGCCGCCCACGGAUUUUCGAGACAGAGUGGUAUCAGGUUCGCCGAGGUUUUGUGUAAAAAUAGAUACGUAGGAAGGUCGUUUAUCCAGCCGAGCAAUCGUUUAAGACAACUAAGUAUCGCAAAAAAAUUUGGUGCUUUAGCCGGAAACGUAAAAGGGAAAAAAGUAAUACUCAUAGAUGAUUCGAUAGUGCGCGGUAACACAAUAGGUCCAAUCAUUAAAUUACUUAAAAACGCAGGUGCUAAAGAAGUACAUAUACGAGUGGCUAGUCCGCCUCUGAAAUAUCCUUGUUACAUGGGUAUUAACAUACCGACUAGAGAAGAACUUGUUGCCAAUAAAUUGAAUCCACAAGAACUGGCCAGGAAAGUGGGUGCGGAUAGUUUGGAAUAUCUAUCAUUGGAGGGUCUAAUAAAGGCGGUAAGAAGUGAUUUGAAAACUAAAAUGCCCCAUACUAAAAUAGGUCAUUGUACGGCGUGUUUGUCGGGAAUUUACCCAGGUGGCGUGCCUAAUACGAAUUCUGACUACGAUUGGUAGUGGUGGAUGUCGAACAUAGAAUAAUUGUGGAAUAUUAUUUAGUGUUGUGUGUAAGUUGACACUUGCACUUUUAGAAUGAAAAACAUGAAAUGGAGAUUUUAUGGUAUAUAACUAAUUUUCUAUGAAACAUUUUUUUUAAAUAUAACAAUAUGUUUAAAAUAUUGAUUAACGUAAUUUAUUUUAUUUGUACGUUUUUAUAUACAUUGAAAAUAAAGAUUUUAAUAAAAUAUAUAAUUAAAA